UUAACCCUUCAUUUCCAUGUGGGCUGCUCAACUGGAAACACAAUCAACGCUGACACGUAUUAGCUAUGGACAGCAGUACGAUGAAGUUCUAACGGGCCAGAGGAACACAGCCAAAUUCUGGUUAAUCUCUGUGCAAGGCAAGCAAAACAUACGACGUUAGCAACAGUUCGAGAAACGAUCAUGUCUACAAAACUGUAUCCAAGAAGCUGGCAGCACUGGGGAUUGGCUGGAUAACAAAACAACACAGAUAAUACAUCAAGCAGCUGAAGACCGAGUACCACAAAGUCAAGGAUGCCAACAGCACAGCUGAGAACUCUCCAUAUUCAUGUCUCUUUUAUGAGAAAUACAAUUGGUUACUUGGAACUGUAGCGAGCACUGAACCCACAGUGGUGCAUAAGAGUCUCCUGAGCAGGGAUGGCGACCUUAUUAACUCUCCCCUGCCCCCAUCACAGGCACCACUGGAGGAGAGACAGCCACUAGAUGAAGGGCAAGAAGUGACUCUGGAGCUGAGGCCAGCAAUCGAAGAGGUUAUGCCGCUAGAGCAGCUACCGCACAUCCUGAGUCUGUACUUGGAGGACCUAUUUGGGGAUGGCCAUGGGGUGCAGCCUGCUGAGGAACCGGCAUCAGAACAAGCACCAGAGCAGGAGCCAGAUCCUGGCAGCGGAAUGAGGACAUCACCAAAUGGCAGGCUCUCCAUCCCUCAUCGCUACUCGGUGGGAAAGCAUUACUGUCAAUGCACAGAGGGGCCAUUCCCUCCUGGGAAGAGAUCGAGGGAAGGGCAAGUGAUGGCUGCCAAAGGGGUGGAAUCCACACCCAUGCCCCCCGUAGCCCAGUCCAGGAUGGAGAACUUCAGGAAGGUCAAGACAUCGGAGCAGGAUAGCCCACUGCCCUUCCCUGACCUGCCCCCUGGCGUGGUGGAGAUGAAAGUGAAGGAGGGCAGCAAGAUCAGGAAUUUGAUGGGCUUUGCCAUGGCCAGGAUGGAGCUGAAGGGUACCCGGCAGAUAGUCUUCAGUGGCUGUGGUCGGGCAGUCACCAAGACCAUCACCUGUGUGGAGAUCAUGAAGAGGAAGCUGGGGGGUCUCCACCAGGUCACCAAGGUGCGUUACAAGACCCUGCUGGAGGUCUGGGAGAACAAGGACCCCCAGCCUGAUGGCCAAGUGGAGAACCUCACUGUCCACAAGAAUGUGCCCUCCAUCUGUAUCCUAUUGUCCAAGGACCCCCUGGACCCCAAUGAGAUGGGCUACCAACCUCCGGAGCCCAGGGAUGGGCUGUGGGCUGAAGAGGGGGGAAUAGAGGAAGAUAGACUCAGUUCACCCCCACAAGGGGUGAAGAGACCUUUGGCACUUCCGCACGGGGAGCUGGCUAACAAGAAAAUGCAGGUACAGGUACCGGAGAGUCAAAAGGGCUUGGGGACUAUGGACUACAUGCUGGACUAUCAUCACUGACUCACUCCCACCCCCCAGAGAAAUAACCUAAGCCAUAUGUAGUGUACAUAGAAAGGAGAUUAUAUAUUGAAGACACUCUAAAUUUUUAGAUGCUUUGUAAUCAAUAAAGGGACGAUGAAGCCAG